AUGGAAUUUGAGAAGAUUCAGAUCCAUAUCCUGUUCUCCCCGUCGCAAGGCCCCGCGUGUCACAUCCCGGCCCCAUCCAUCCACGUCCCUCCGCUGCCAUCCCACCUUGCAACCACACCAAGGAUACCCAAUCCCCGCACCCGACGAAACCGUCAACAGCACAGUGUUCUGCUCGCCCCCCGCCUCACCUACCUAGCGAACAGCCCCGCUGUUCUCUCUUCCUUGGACGACUUCGACCGCACUCGCAUUCUUGUCCACAACCGCUUUUGCCCGUCCAAGUAG